AUGGCCAAGUCAGCAGCCAAGACCACAACCAAGUCAAAGUCAAAAACACCCGUCGUAAAGAAAGACGAAGACGCGCCCAUGAAGUCGGCCUCGGUGGUCGAUUCGAGCUCGGACGGAGAGUCUUCGAGUGAAAGCGAUGACAGCGAGGAUGAUUUGGAGAACGUCCAACCCAAAAAGAGCAAAGCCACAGAUACUAGGCGGUCAACUGCACCUUCUGGCUCUCUUCCCAAAUACAGGCCCCCACCAGGCAUGAGCCCUCUCGAGAUUACUACCGUCACUGCUUCGUCCCCUUUUGAAUGGGACGCUCUUGCUUCUUCCGCAUCCUCCAACUCCGGACUCGAGCUCUGGGCCAUCCGCGUGCCAAAAGAGCUCAAGCCAUCUAGACUCAGCAACCUCGUCAUCUCUGCACCCAAAGAGGGUAAACCUUUGACAGGCAAGCUCGAUCACAAAGGCCAAAAGUACAUUCUGCGCACAGCUGGAUCGAGUAAGAAUCGAGCGGAGAAGGAGGAAGAGCGGGAAGAGGCCGGAUUGGUGGAUUCAAUCGAGAUGGGUGACGGAAGAGGGGCUGAGGAUAAGGCCGAGGAGGGCGGCGAGGAAAUGGAGGGCUUGAGGCUUCUUGUGCCAAAGGCCAAGGAAGAUGGAAGACUUUUUGUCGCCCCCAUCCCCAUCAAACGCCGUCUCCUCUUGACCCCCGAUCUGACCUCUACCCUCGAAGCAAACUCGGAUCCCUCUCUCCCUUCCUUCCUUCAGCCCUCAGAGAACCCUCAAUCAUCAAAGAGACCACAGCCCACACAUCUGCUCAAAUUCAGAAAUCAUGCCUAUGGGUACGACACCCCUGGGCCGGAAGUGACCAGCAAGAAGGUGUUGGGGCAAGAGAUGGAAGUGGAAGAGGAUGUUUCUGGCCAGGAAGAGGUCGAGGAGAAGGUGGAGAAGAAGGAGAAGAAGGAGAAGAAGAGGAAGACAGAUAAGGAUGAGUCGCCGGCCAAGGCCAAGAAGAAGGCUAAGAAGUCGAAAGACUGA